AUGGCAGCUUCCAGGGCUGCUGAGACUCCAGAACAAGCAAGUAAUCGGCUUGAAGAACAACGAACCAGGCAAGCGGCUUCAAGAGCUGCUGAGACACCAGAGCAAACAACAACUCGGCUUGAAGAACAACGAACAAGACAAGCAGCUUCAAGAGCUGCUGAGACAGCGGAACAAACAACUAUUCGGAAUACAGAUAAACUCACAAGGCAAGCUGUUUCAAGAGCUGCUGAAACACCAGAGCAAACAACAACUCGGCUUGAAGAACAACGCACAAGACAAGCGGCUUCAAGAGCUGCUGAGACAGCGCAACAAACAACAACUCGGCUUGAAGAACAACGGAUAAGACAAGCAGCUUCAAGAGCUGCUGAGUCUUCAGAACAACAACAAGUACGGCGUGAGGAAGAUCGAAGAAGACGUUCCAAUUCACGAGCAUCACGUUGGUCAUUCAUGGAACGGGAAGCAUUUCAAUAUGAUCCAACCAAAAAUUAUGACAAUCACCCUCAACUUUAUAUUGGUCGAAUGACAGAGAUUUGCUCAUGUUGUGAUGCACUCAAGUGGUCUGGCGAAGCACCAGGUAUGUGCUGUUCCAAUGGUAAAGUAAAACUGCCAUCACUUCGACAGCCUCCUGAACCAUUGGAAUCAUUAAUGUCCGGCACAACAACAACAACAUCAAAGCAUUUCUUGGAGAACAUUCGAAAAGACGCAAUAGCUAAUGAUGGCAACGCCGAUACCCUUGGUCAAUUAGUAAUACUACCAUCUACAUUCACUGGAAGUCUACGUCACAUGCACGAAUAUACACAAGAUGCUAUGACAUACGUGAGAAACUACGGAAGACCUGAUCUAUUUGUAACAUUCACUUGCAAUCCAACAUGGGAAGAAGUUCAAGAAGAACUAUUAGAUGGUCAAAAUCCGUCCGAUCGUCAUGAUCUGCUGGCAAGAGUAUUCAAGCAAAAACUCAUAAAAUUAAUGAAUAUUAUUACCAAAAGUCAUGUAUUUGGACCAACACAAUGUUGGAUGUAUUCUAUUGAAUGGCAAAAGAGAGGUCUGCCUCAUUCUCAUAUAUUGAUAUGGUUGAAAGACAAAAUUAAGCCAGAUGAAAUAGACAGCGUUAUUAGUGCAGAAUUACCAGAUCGUCAACAAGAUCCCCGUCUAUUUCAGGUUAUCGUGAAAAACAUGAUUCAUGGACCUUGCGGUAGUAUCAAUCCUGGAUCUUCGUGUAUGAAAGAUGGAAAGUGUACCAAAAGGUAUCCCAGACAACUUAUUCAAGAUACACAAACAGGUGAAGAUGGUUAUCCACUCUACAGAAGGCGAAGUCCAGAAGAUGGUGGUUUCAAAGCAAGAAUCAAGACCAAAUUUGGCAACUCGAUUCAAGAAAUUGAAAUCGAUAACAAAUGGGUUGUACCAUACUGUCCGUUACUUUCCCGAAUUUUUCAAGUUCAUAUUAAUGUCGAGUAUUGCAAUUCGGUCAAGUCGAUCAAAUACAUUUGCAAAUACGUUAACAAAGGUAGUGAUCAAGCGAUGUUUGGCUUUGGAAAAGAUGGAACAACAGUUGAUGAAGUGGAACAAUAUCAGUUAGGACGAUACAUCAGCAGUAAUGAAGCAGUUUGGCGAAUCUUGGACUUUUCAAUUCAUGAACGACAUCCGACGGUGGUACAUCUGGCUGUUCACUUAGAAAAUGGACAACGCGUCUAUUUCACGGAAGACAAUUUACAUGAAAGAAUUAAUGAACCACCAAAGACGACGUUGACAGCAUUUUUCUUACUAUGUCAGAAAGAUGAAUUUGCUAGAACACUACUGUAUUGCGAUGUUCCAAAAUUUUACACUUGGAACGCGUCAGAAAAAGCUUUCAAACGUCGUGUUCAAGGAACGAGUGUACCUGGCUAUCGCAACAUUAGAGCAACAAACGCUUUGGGCCGCGUCUACACUGUGCAUCCAAAUAAUUUUGAAUGCUUCUUUCUACGACUUUUACUCCAUACAAUUAGAGGUCCAACUUCGUUUGAAGCUCUAAGAACUGUAAAUGGUCGGAAAUGUGCGACAUUUCGGGAAGCCUGUCAACUACUUGACUUACUUGAAGACGGUACGCAAUGGAACGCUACGAUGACUGAAGCAGCUGCGAUUCAAUCUCCUUCACAACUUAGAAAUCUAUUCAUAAUUUUACUAUUAGUAUGUGGUCCAUCUAAUCCGGGAAAAUUAUGGGAAUCCUACAAAGAAAGUUUAACCGAAGAUAUUCUCAUAAAAGCUCGCAGAGAGAAUCCUGGAUUAGCUUUAAAUUAUACACCUGAUAUGUUCAAUCAAACAUUGAUUAUUCUUGAAGAUAAAGCUCUGGCAAUGGCUGGCAAAGAUCUUAAACAAUUAGGUCUUCCAACUCCUCUAAGAACUCUUGGUGAUCGAUUGACCAGAGAAAUACUGCGAGAGACGAGCUACGAUUUGAACGAUUUGAACGAGUAUAUAUCAACAAACGAACCAUUACUGUUACCAGAUCAAAAGGCUGCUUAUAAUACUAUAUUAGAUCGGAUCAAUCGGAAAGCCGGUGGAAUAAUUUUUCUCGAUGCACCAGGUGGAACAGGAAAAACAUUUGUCAUUAAUCUACUCUUAGCUAAAAUUCGACGGAAGUCUGAAAUUGCAAUUGCAGUGGCUUCUUCCGGCAUUGCAGCUACACUACUUCAUGGUGGUCGUACUGCUCAUUCAACAUUAAAGUUGCCGCUCAAUCUUACACAAUGUGAAACUCCACUUUGUAAUAUUAGCAAAGGUACUGGAGAAGCCAAAGUUUUACAAGAAUGUAAGCUUAUUGUAUGGGAUGAAUGUACCAUGGCGCACAGAAAUGCAUUAGAAGCUCUUGAUCGAACACUUCAAGAUCUUCGCGACAAUGGAAAACUCAUGGGUGGAGCUAUCUUACUUCUAGCUGGUGAUUUUCGUCAAACAUUACCAGUCAUCCCGAAAGGAACGAUGGCUGAUGAACUCAAAGCCUGCUUAAAAGCUUCAUAUCUUUGGAGACAUGUUCAUAAGCUGGAACUCAAGACCAACAUGCGAGUUCACUUACAAGGUGAUGUAGCUGCUGGCCAAUUUGCUCAACAACUACUUAAUCUUGGAGAUGGAAAAAUAGUUGCUGAUCCAACUAAUGGACUUAUCACAAUACCAAAUAAUUUUUGUAAUAUAGUAGAUUCAAUAGAAACUCUCAAAACCAGUGUAUUUCCAGAUAUUCGACGCUGUUUCAAUGACCACAAAUGGCUAUGUGAACGUGCUAUUCUUGCUCCGAAAAAUGACAGCGUGAAUACUAUUAACUUACAGAUCCAACAACAGUUACCUGGAGUAGAUAUAUCAUAUAAGUCAAUUGAUACGGUUGUGAACAUUGACCAAGCAGUACAAUAUCCUACCGAAUUUCUCAACUCGCUAGAACCUCCUGGAAUGCCGCCACACAGUCUGGUACUCAAGGUUGGCUCUCCGAUAAUACUUCUAAGAAAUUUAGAUGCACCAAGGCUUUGUAAUGGUACAAGACUUUGUGUGAAAAGUUUAAUGCCCCAUGUGAUUGAAGCAACUAUCUUAACAGGCUGCGCAAAAGGAGAAGAUGUAUUCAUACCACGAAUUCCCAUGAUUCCUAAUGAUAUACCGUUUGAGUUCAAACGUCUUCAGUUUCCAGUGCGUCUUGCGUUCGCAAUGUCUAUCAAUAAAGCUCAAGGUCAAUCACUUAAAGUUGCUGGUAUUCAUCUGGAAACUCCUUGCUUUUCACAUGGUCAGUUGUACGUAGCAUGUUCAAGGGUAGGAACUGGAAAGAAUUUGUAUAUUUUCGCUCUUGAUGGUCAAACUCGAAAUAUUGUAUAUCGAACAGCUUUACAAUAA